AUGAAUAUUAUAAAAUUUAAACAUAAACAAACAUUUAUAAUUAUUAUAAUAUUUAUUGUAAUAAUUAAUUUUACCAUUCUAACUUAUGGAUUAAUAAAUCCAAUUGAUAAUUCUAUUCGGAAACGACAAGGUAAAGAGAAACCGCCUGAAAAACCACCUGAAAACCCACCUGAAAAACCACCCGAGAAACCACCUGAAAAACCACCCGAGAAACCACCUGAGAAACCACCUGAGAAACCACCUGAGAAACCACCUGAGAAACCACCUGAGAAACCACCUGAGAAACCACCUGAGAAACCACCUGAGAAACCACCCGAAAACCCACCCGAAAAACCACCCGAGAAACCACCCGAAAAACCACCUGAAAAACCACCUGAGAAACCACCUGAGAAACCACCUGAAACCCCACCCGAGAAACCAGCUGAAAACCCACCUGAAAAACCACCCGAGAAACCACCUGAAAACCCACCCGAAAAACCACCCGAAAACCCACCCGAAAAACCACCCGAAAAACCACCUGAAAAACCACCUGAAAAUCCUCCUGAAAAUCCUCCUGAAAAUCCUCCUGAAAAACCAUCUGAAAAUCCUCAAUCACCUGAACCAAAACUACCGGAGCAAGAACCACCAGACCCACCAGAGAAAAAAUUACCAGAAAAAUCACCGGACCAAAAACCACCAGAUCCACCGGCGCAAGAACCACCACAGAAAGCACCAGAACAAACCCCACCUGAACAAGACCCGACAGAGCAAAAUCCAGACCAAGAUACACAAGAUCAACAAAAUACUGCUGGGCUAAAUCCAUCAGGUAAAGAUCCAUCAGGUAAAGAUCCAUCAGGGAAAGAUCCAUCAGGGAAAGAUCUAUCAGGGAAAAAACCACCAGCAGACCCAACACAAAGUCCACCAAGUGAAGAGCCACCACAACAAAAUCCUCCAGAUCAAAAACCACCAGAACAAGAAGAUUCAGAUAAACCACAAAAGCCGCAAGAGCAAAAAGCUCCAGCAGUGACUUGCACUUCCCCUAAUGAUUCCGCGUGUAAACCUUCAUCGGGAGAUACUCCAGAAACUAUAACAUCUACACAGAAUAAAAUAGAAACGAUAAUACCAACUCAAACUCCAGGAGAAAAUAAUAAACUUUAUAACCAACCUAAUAAAAUAUCUCAGUGGAAAGUUACAUCAACAACACUUACAUUAUACUAUCCCGGUUCUACAAUAACUAUCACGACGACAAAUUCUAAAGGUGAGCUUACAACUCUCGCGAAAUAUAUCCCUCCAUCCAUCGUACUUGUGGUAAAAAAGGUUGUUAUUCCUAACGAUUUUCCAAGUCUUACUAAUAGACAUGGUUUAUGGGAAAUUACAAUAAGUUUAGUUAUAGUCUCUAUUACUUUAGUUUUUAUGAUUUUUGCGUAA